AGUCGAUACAACUCCUAUUGUGUGCUCAUAACAAGGCUGUCUACGUCAAUCUCAAGAUCAUUGCAGUCUCUGAGUAGUCGCAUCUGCCGACCAUUCAAUUGUGCGCCUUGCCUCGGACUCGGGAUCGAUGCCACUUUCGUUGAACGGCCUGAAUUCCUCAUCAUGGCGACACCCCGAAAGCAGCUCCGGGACAACGCGAUACUGCUCGCCAUACUAGCAUUGCUUCCGAGAUUGGCCUUUGUGAAAAAGUCCUAUUGGGCUGCCUUGUCGGUCACUUAUAGAUGGAUCGGCAAUGAUCUUGACGUGUUCGUAAGCUCGGCGCUUUACUAUUUGGGAUGGGUCGCAUACAUCAUCUGCGUCGCCAACAUCGCCACGUCGCUGAUUGAGAUCAGUGUGGUUGCGCCAAAGCCUGCUCAGCGACGACCCCUUCGCUCGGUGUCCAUGCCUGUCAAAAGCUCUCCCAAAACUCGACCUUCUGUUUCAUUGCCGGGGCCGAUCUCGCCCGGCAAGCGUGGGUUCUCCCCGGCAACGCCAGCAAGAAUGAGCCCUGGCGGUGAAUCGCCUCUUCGGAAUGCAAUCGCCGCAGCGCGAUCAGCAGGAAGUUCGCGUGGUGCCAAUCCAUCCUCUCCAGGCGGCUUGUCCUCGGACUCCACAGCAUCAGCGAAGCGAAGCUACGGCAUUGGAAAAUCGCUGCCUUCAACGCCUGCUUCCCAGGUGCAUGGAUCAGGUCGGGGACUCACACAGCAGUCACGGGAAGCGACACCACUUGAUGCCUUCAAAGCAAGGCAUCCCAGUUCUGGUUCGCCGAGACGGGAAUGGGAAAGCAUAGGCCAAGAGGUCGACUGGCGCAUACAGAAGUUGAAGGACAGCUGGAUGACCUCGUCACCGACGGCCUAAACGUUCUCAGUGACAAGCGCACCUUGCCCUAGAUACUCACUUGCUUUGCAACUUGCAAGCACAUGAUCCCACAUCUGGCACUGUAUCAUAUCACUUUCGACGCAUCAGGAAUGGCAUGGCAUGGAUG